CAGAUUAGUCUUAUCGAAUACGCGAUCACGCAGUUCAGCGCUAAGCGUUAUCAACGCUUAUCACCGUGUCAUUCCCGGAAUGAGAUCCUUGCUCGCCUCCUUUUUAUGACGACGGAUGCGAGCAAGGAUGUCGAGGAAGUACGGGAGUAAAGCUAAUGUCGAUUAUAAGGCACGACUCGAGUAUAAGUUGUACUUGGCCAGAGAAAAUCCAGAGCCAAUAUUUGAUGUUUCGGAAUGUGCCUUGAAGAAUGUGCCGUCAGGUAUCUAUUCACUGUGCAAGGUGUUUCGGAAGGAAAGCUUAUUAAUGUAUAACAACAAGCUAAGCUCGCUCUCAGGCGGAGGUGCCUUAUGUGACUUGUCAUUGCUGACUGUUUUAGACAUUCAUGGAAAUGAGUUUAUCACAUUACCUCCUGAUAUUAUGUGUCUCUCUUCUCUGAAGGAGCUUUAUUUGCAAGACAACAGCAUUCGCAAACUGCCCAAUGAGAUAAUUUAUUUGAAUAAGUUAACAAUUCUGAAUGUCUCGAGGAACAAUCUCAAACAACUGCCUAAUGGCAUUGGGCAGUUGCAGAAAGAACUCACAACUCUCAACCUCAGUCAUAAUAAAUCAUUGCAGAAACUGCCUAAAUCCUUGGGUUAUGCUCAGCAAUUGACUAGUCUAAAUAUUGAUAAUCUGAACCUGUUGUAUCCACCUCAAGAUAUUAUAGACGGCGGCACAAUAGUGAUCAUCGCAUUUUUGGCAAAUGAGAGUGGCAUCGACUAUUCGCCGGAGACUUCGAUAUCAGAGACCGAUAGUUCGAGGAACAUAAGCUCAGAAGACAUGCAGACAGUACACCACAAUAAGAGUAAUGACGUUCAGGCAACAUUACAGAAGCUAGACAAAAUGAAGGAACAUCGACAAAAUGCCUUGUUGGAAGUGGAGAAAAACAUAAAACAGCAACAGGAAUAUGAAAUGGGAGUACAAUCUAUGCUGAAAGCUCAAAGAAAGAAGCUUCUGGAGGAUCUAGCAUUACAACAGACACAAUUGGAACAAGAAUUUGAGAAAGUGCAGCAAGAAAGAGAUACAAAUAGAGCGCGUUUGCUUUCAUACAUUUAUAAUGCUGAAAAAGAAGCUGAUAACGUAAUUAAAGAAUUUCUAAGAAAUAGCGAAGAGGAAAGGCAAAGUCAAGCUGAAUUAUUGGAGCGAGAGAAACAGGAAGAAAUGCAAUUGUUAAGCUCUUGUCACUCAGAACAGUCCAUGUUACGAAUGAAGGAUACCCUUUUUGCAAUGGAGAAGUUGUUGGAAGAAGAAAUGUGUAAGGCGAGAAAACUGGAAGAGUAUACUAAAUAUAGAGAUUACACGGCACAAUCCCUGCUCACACUAGAGGUGAGGAACAGCGAUCAUUUGGCACAGAUAGUGCAUGAUCAAGAAAAAACUAGGCAAGAUCUCAUUGAAAGAUUGCGACAGGAUGAAGUCUUGCAGAAAGCAGCAGUCACUGCAUUAUUGGAGCGCAGUGAUGCGCGUUCCUGGAGCAUUGUUCAGCAAGUGAAUUUGGUCCAAUCACAAUUGGCUGCGCUCACAAACAUUGAACUCGAAAGAAGAAAAUUAGAGAUCAAUCAACAGAUUAAUGACAUCGCUGAUAGACGCGUGGUUCUAACAACUAUUCUAAUUGACUUAUUGGAGCAACAGAAAAAUAGGAGAGAUCAACUACUGGAGACAAUCAAUAUAAUAGAACAACAACGAUGCAUCUCUAAUGCGAGACGAGGUAGUUUGUUCUGGUUAAUGCAGUAUCAGUCCCUAAUGGAAGCACGACCACAAGGAUUACUGGAAAUGUUAGAACCUAUGCUAGUUCGGUAUGUAGCGAUAGCAGGAGCUUUGCACUGCCUUCCAUUCCUGGCUACGUUACCGUCUUUGUUACCAGACAUCAGUGAUGAACAAUUGAAAGAUAUAGGCAUAAGUUGCGAAAGAGAUCGCGCUGCCAUAAUGUUAGCAGUUGAAAAUUAUCUGGCAGAAGUAAAACUGAAUGAAACCAGAUCGCCCAUAAUGCCUUCAGCGCCUCUCGAAGAAGCGUCGACCAGUAAUCAGGAUUGCAAUUUUGUUGAGAAUAUUAAUAUGAUGGAAUGCGUAAUCUGCCUCGAUUUACAAUGUGAAGUCAUUUUUCUACCUUGUGGACAUCUCUGUUGUUGCUCCACUUGUGCGGACAAAGUUUCUGCAGGAUGUCCAAUGUGCAGAAGUUCAAUAGAACGCAAAGUUCGAAUCAUGCAGCCUUAAAUUCGGGAAACUCAAUUUGAUUCAAUGUAAUCAGUCAAUUUGAUGCUCUUCAAAAGUAUUGAAAUGAUACAUUACUCUUCAUAAUCUGUGAUUACACAUGCGCGCAAACGAACUGUUUCAAUAAUAACUAUUUAUAAUGCGCAUAACAGUUAUAUUUACCACUGGUAAUAUAAUGCUCAUGUAAACGUUGAUUC